UCAAAAUGGCUCUCGUAAGAGGUGUUUAUAUUGUAAUUUUUAACUCGUCCUAUAUAUUUUAAGAUGAUUAAUCCGCUUAUGUGAGUGUUUUUAAUUAUGUUACAUAACACGGGCCCUUUCGGGCCGAAUGAUGUGCCAGUAAACGUGAAUCCGCAAUCAAACAUGACCUCUAUGAGUGGAAGGAUGAAUAUUGGGAAUAACAUAAAUAAUUUAGCGAAAUUACCACAACAGUCGCCUCAGAUGGCAAACCCGCACUUCAAUUUACCGGAUUAUCCUACCUACGGGUUAAAUAUGAACGCAGGUUUGAGCCCAUUUCAAAAUUUUCACCAUGUUGGUUUUCAACAAAAUACACUUCCACAAAGUUCAAUUCACGAGAGCUGGCAAAACAACAUGUUGCCUAUGAACUUGAACAUGCAAAGCGAGCAUUCCAUGCUGGGUUUUCCGCAAUACAGCAAACCUGAUGUCAGCGAACAGAGUUUCGCCAAGAGUAUGUUAAACGUACCUCAAGUGCACACAAAGGCAUUUCACAAACAGAUGGGCAUGGAUGUCAACUAUCACUACAACUUAAAUCCUAGUUAUCGACCAUAUGCUGAUUACAAUUUAGAUUUGAGUGCUAAACCUAAAUCAGAUGAUGUUCGUCAGUUCCUUGACCCAAAUAUUGCUAAGGAGCGUGUAGCACCUAGUCCGCACUACUCUGAGCAGAUUGAUUUAAGCAAUAAACACAAAAUGCAUAAUUUCACACGACCAUACUUAGAAACAGCCACAACAAAAUCUCUGAUCCCCCAAAAACAUGAUGACACUAGUGGCAAUGUAAAUAAUGAUUUAAGUGUGCAGCUACAACGCUCAAAAGACAAACAUCCUUAUUUUGACUAUGCUAACAGUGUAAAGCCUCAAUUGGGUGUGGAAAAUAGAUAUGGAGAAAGUGAGUUAGAUUUAUCAAAAUCUUUUAAACAUAGUAACUUGAACAGUAACUAUCAGAAUAUAAGUGCAGAUCACAGAUUUUACAAGGAUCAAGAGAUAAGGCCCCAGAGUAAUGAAAUGUUGCCUAAGUUUCAACAACCCAAUAACUUGAGUACCAAUUACUCAAGUAUGACCGCAGACUUAAGAAUGUAUAAGGAUCAGGAUCGAAUAUCUUCAAAUUUAGAAAGGAUUCUCAGUAAGCCACUGACUGAAAACUUAAAUACAUCUUUUCCGAGUGUCAAUUCAGACCUCAGAUAUUAUAAAGACAAAGAGGCCAGGUCACAAAAUUUAGAAGCCAUAUUGUCUAAAACUCCAAAACCUGAAAAUCUGAACACUAAUUACUCGAGUACUACUACAGACCAUAGGUUUGCUACUGAAACUAAGUCAAGGGCACAAAACAAUGAUGAUGCUAUACCUAAAAUUCCUCAAACAGAAGCUAGUUUAACCACUGAUUCCACAAAAGUUAGCUCAGACCUAAGAAUGUUUAAGAAUGACAAUCCAAGCCCACAAAAUUUAGAAAAAAGUGUACCAAAGCCACAGCCAGAAAAGUUAACUACCAACUAUCAGCCUAUUAACUCAGAGUUAAGGUUUUAUAAAGACCAAGAUUCCAGGCGCCGGAGUUUGGAGAACACUGUUAAAAUGAUUGAAAAUAUACUAUCACAUUCAUCAAACUCUAGAAAAAGUCAAUCAAACUCUUAUUCAAGUAAAUCAGCAGAACCUCAACCGAAUGAACAAAAAGACAGAUCUGAAACAAAAGAUACAGAAAAUGAUAGCUUAAACAAAAGCGAUAUUAACACAACAGGUACUGGUAGUAAUACAACAUGUGAAGGUGAUUCAAGUAUUGAUAAUAUUUCAAAUGGUGACAAAAGUGAUGAAUCUAAUGCAAACACUAGCAAUGAAUUAGAAGAUGAUAAUGGGAAUGAAGAUGAUGAAAUGGAUGAAAAAGUUCAGAGUAAUGACGAAAGUGAUUCUGAAGCUGAUGGUAUAAAUAAUGGAUCUACUAACCAAAGUGAGAAAGAAAUAAAUACUAAUAAAGUAACCAUAAAAGAGGAUGUAAAAUCAGAGAGUGAAGACUCUUCAUCAGAAGAAGAUGUUAAACCAAUGGAUCUGUUCAAUGAAAAUGACCUUAAGAAGGAAGAUAAAAUAGAUGAUACUAUUGUUGUGAAAGUUGAGGUAUUACCAAAUAUAGUUGAUAUGGAGCAUUUGAAUCCAUUCUACAGAGAUGUUUUCGGAGUACAAAGUGAUGAUACAGCUAGUAAUGAUAUAAUUGAAUCAGAGACCAGUGUUACUGUCGCUAAGGAGGUCAUAAGGAAUGGUGCAGCAAUCGAAGGCGCGUUUUUCGAAUGUCCACACUGCAGUCUAUACUUCAAUCAUCCUAAGAGGUUCCUAAUCCAUACAAAAUGGCACACUUUUGGAUUAACCAAUGAGAAACGAACGGAGUUACAAAAAGAGAAGGAAAUGAGAAAGCAGCUGAGGAAAGAAGCAAGAGUGUUGGAGAGGAUGCAUAUGAAUGAAGUUAACGAUAUCAGUGCUCCAGGGAGGAAGUUCAACUGCAGAGAUUGUGAUAAGGUGUUCCUUGGUAAAGCCAGCCUGAAGAACCAUAGACAGAGAUAUCAUCCAACACGCGUGCGCGACUGCAAAAUCUGCGGCAAGACAAUGCUAGGCUGGAUGGCUCUUCGGGCUCAUAUGGCGACCCAUAUUUGCGAGUCGGGCUACCAGUGUGAUAGAUGCCCCAAGCGGUUCAAGCACCCGCACUCGUUGGCCAAGCAUCGUGACACCCACUUGGAGAAAACACACGCGUGUCCGCAAUGCCCCAAGAAGUUCGGCUCCGCGAUGCUGCUGAACGUGCAUUCGAAAACACACGAGCGGGCAUUGCGUGGAGCGACAUUCCGGUGUACGUACUGCGGGAAAGGGUUCUUCGAGUCCUACAGUUUACAGGUACACGAGAGGACACAUCGCAACGAGCGACCGUACUUGUGCGAGAUCUGCAACACAAGCUUCGGCACCAAUUCCAGUCUGAAGAGACAUUUGAAAGUCUCCCAUAGCACCUCGAAGCCGUUUGAGUGCCCGACCUGCCACCGCUCGUUCAUCUCGGAGGCGAUCCGGGAUCGGCACGCGAUGCGUAACCAUGGCAACCCGGAGGACUUCAAGUUCCUGUGCAAGCAGUGCCCGUGCAAGUACCUCAAGCUGAAGGACUUGCGAAAACACAUGUACAAAGUGCACCCGAAGGGCAAGAGGAAGAAAAAGGACCAAUCCGAUUCCGAGUAAAUUAUUGCGAUUGCGAAUACAAAUCCAAAAUCGUUUUAAUGCAAACGAGUUAAUAACCGAUUACCGUGCACCCGCCCGCACCAAAAGGGGGGUAAUGUUUUUAUAAUAAAUAAAGAUGGCGUAAUCGACUAAUAUCAGAAAUCGACGGUGGACGCAGAAAGUAUUGAGAGUUUAAAUAGGAAUUAGAUAUCGAAUUUUUUUACAUAAUUGAAGUAAUUUAAUUAUAUUCCAAUGGAGAAUUCUGCAAAUGGUGAAAUAUUUGCGCGCAGUUGGGCCUUUGCUCAAUAUUUACCCAGCCAACAAGACCCUGAAUCCCGAAAGAAAAACCAAUAUGGCGUGUCACAUCAGAUAUACAGGGUUAGAUAAAAAUACCAGAAAGCUCUCGGCCUGGAAUUGCUUACAUUCAAAGUAACAACUUUUGCUCUAAAACUUUUUUUAAAACAUGAUAGUUUGUGAAAUAUUAAAU